CGAACAAUUAUUCUCAAAUGUAACAGUCCGCUGACUUUACUGUAAUGAUGUUUCAAAUAUGGCGGUAAACAGUGGAUGGUUGGAACUUGAGAGCGACCCAGGUUUAAUAUUCGUUUAUUUCCGUUUAUAGAUUUUAUUCGUAAUUUGUAACAUAACUAUAAAUAGCUGUAGUAUAAUGGACAAAAAGUUACUGAAAUUUACCUCUACCUUCGCUUUGUUUAGGACUCUUCAGUUUGCUGAUCGAGGAGUUUGGUAAGAUUUAAAAAAGUUAAAACUUAUCUUUUAACCGUUGAUAAAUAAGUGCAUUUGUGAAAGCGCUAUUUUUAGCGACCCUUGAUGCAGGGAUCCUUUUAAGUAGUUAAUUGCACCGUUGAAUCCAAGAUUUACAAAUAUCGAUUGUGCUCAGCUCUGCUCGCUUGGAAUUAACACGGAAGCAUUGUUACAUUAGCUGCUUCAACGGCCGCAGUGGAAUUUGAAAGCUUACGUCGGAGAGUUUUUUCUUCCGAUGAAAUGUAAAACGCGUUGUACCUCAGUCAAAGCAAUGGAGCAACUUCAUAAUACAGGGCCAUAAGGAGCAUAAAUUUAGUUGCUCGUUUGGCUGACCGCAGUGGAUAAAAGAACGAGAAUCGUAUACUGAAUAUACGCUUUCAGUCAAUGGCUUGUCUUGCUCCGCAGUGAAUGAAAGAAAGAGCAUAAUCUAUAUGCGAGUUAAUUCUUAGGUCUAUAUAUUUAGUGGUUCAUAUGGCUCAUCUGGAGGAUGGUUUAAAGUGACCUUGUAAACUGUAGUUUAGCCAAAUCAAAUAUAUCUCAGGCUCUCUUAAUUUAAUUUCACCCGUCGAUCAAUCAAAUCGUGCUCUGCAGUAAAAUUUCUGUCACCUAACGAAACAAAGAAGGGGAUAUAAACCGGAAUCAAUCAAUUGGUACUUGCUUUGCUAGAGUGCAAGUGCCUAUAAAAAAUUUUGCUCAUUUUUUUUUCUUUUUUUACGCACUUAUGUAUAAAAUAUUUAUGGCUAAAAAGAAGAAGUCUUUGCUUUGAAAUACAUCAUGUGCAGAAUCUGUGGUGUUGUGUUCAUUGAUAGUAAUUAUUAAUAUUUGGCUUUUUUUCAGGUGUCAAGGGAGCUCAGGUGGAAGAGAUUUAUGAUUUGUCUAAGCCAUUUAGAGGGUCAGUACAAGGAAUGUUUUGUUUUUGUUGUUUUUUACUAAUACAUUUUUUUUCAAAAAAAAAAAAAAAAAAAAACCUCACAUAGUGUACACACAAGCAACAUGUAGCUGGCCCAGAUGCAUGAGACAGCUGGAGGCUGCUCCCACUAGAUAAGAUGUUACUAUUUCUUAAGCUCAGUAUUUUGGUAGGUUCUCAGGGUCUGAUGGUUAGCAGCCUCCCUGUAUUUUGCCAGGUUUCGUAGAGUUUGCUUAACUCUUAACUCUGUGAGGGUGAAAAAUAGACUAAUUUGCAAUUAUGUACUUAGUUGCCAAGCCUUUGAUUUGGAGUGAGGAGGGAAGAUGACCUUGUUGUGAUAGAGACUAGUAUUUAUUAAGCAUGAUAACAAAUUAAUUAACAUUUGAAAAGUAGCAAUAUCUGUGUCAUAACAAUAUCCCCCUUAGCCUUACUCCUGGCUCAGUAACCAAGCAUGCAAUUGUAAAAUGAAGUAUUGUCUAAUGGCUCAACACAGUCACCCCAGCCAAGGCUAACUUGAUAGGCUUCUGUGUAUCGAAGAAUGCCAUCAAAUGUUUUUGGUUUUGAGCAGUCAGGAGCUCAAACAGAUGAGAAUACUGUGUGAUUCAAAUAAGUUAAAUGCUAGUUCUUUCUGUUCCAGGCCUGUCUAUGGAUUCAUUUUCCUUUUUAAGUGGAUCGAAGAGAGGAGAUCAAGGCGUAAAAUUCAACCCUUAGAGGAGAUGUUUGUGGAGGAUGAGGAGACCAUCCGAGAUAUAUUUUUUGCUCAGCAGGUAUUAAGCAAAAUUUUAAACCUUUAACUCCCAAGAUCCGAUUGUUAAUUCUUUCUUUUGUGUGUUUGAGUAUUCUCAUCAAGGUUAACCCUUUAACUCCCAUGAGUGGUGACCAAGACAGAAUUUCUCCUCACUUUAUCUAUACAAUAUCGUGCAAACAAGUGAUGAGAAUAAAGAGAAAUAUCAAUUAUGGGAUUACGACUUGAUCCGAUACCAAAUUCUCCAAACUAACAUAAUGAGAAACAUUUGGCAGACAGUAAGGAGAAUUACUUAUGAGAUCUUGGGUGUUAAAGAGUUAAUGUGACUGUGCUUUAACUUCUUCUUUCUUUACCAGGUCAUCCCAAACUCAUGUGCUACUCACUCAUUACUGAGUGUCCUCCUCAACUGUACUCAUAUUCACUUGGGUGAAACUCUCAGCAGGCUGAAGGAGUUUUCUAAUAAAUUUGACCCAGAGGUAAGUAUUGAAUACUCUUUGAGUGUAAACCAAUCGUAAUUUUUAGCUCAUAUGGGAGUUGAAAGUUCUCAUGUUCUAGCUUAAACAGGGGAAUAUCUUAGUUUAUUAUAUCUCUCAGAUAAUACAUGCACUAUGAUUGGUUAAUUUAGCAGGUUAUAUUUUACUGUACAACACAAGAAAUGUGUUUUUUAAUUUAAUUUCUCCCUCCCUCCUCCCUUUGUUUGAACCAAGAGAUACACUAAAUAUCUUACUAACCUCAUUUUCUUGGUCCAUAUUGUAAGUUUCACAACCUUUUUCCUUUUCUUCCACACUUUGCGCUUGGGCCAAAAAUCCAAGCAAAAAAACUUGAUCUGUUACUGAUACAGAACAGACCUCAAACUUGGUUAGUCAGAGGGAUGUCAUCCUGUUUGAUAGUACAGUUCGAUAACUCUUUAAUAGAGAUUCAAUUGCAUCAGGGUUUUUUGUUUAGUUUUUUUUUUUUUUUCCAGAACAAGGGAUAUGUGAUUGGUAACUUGCCAGAACUGGCUAUGGCACAUAACAAGUUUGCCAGGUAAGUUAUUAAACCAGAGGUAAUGUAUACAGUACAUGUAUUAUAAUUAUACAUUAUUUUCAGUCAGUCUAAAUGCACAAGUCUGUUAAUUCCAAAACACUACAUUCAACUUUAAGUUUAGGUUUUUUAAAUUUUGUGUCAGUGUUAAUUACUUGUGUAUGUAUUGAGGAUGGAACACUUAAAAUGAUUGUUACAUGCAAUGUUGUGGCUAUGGUAUGUGUUGUGGGAAUGGGCUGUGACAUACAGCCUUUGACUUUGACUUUGACUCAUAACUUGAAGAAUUUUGUGAAUGUAAAGCUUAUUUUCCCUAAGUUAAAGUUCCAUGAAACAAAUUGUGCACUAGUCUAAAAGUUUAGGUGAUCUCUGACUUAAAAAAUAAACUACAUUAACUUAGUAUAGAGGCAGUAACCAUAUUAGCUGGUCACAAGAGUCUUUGAAAGAACGGGACACCAAUAAAGUUCAGUAUCAUUGGUUAUUCAUAAUUUAAUAAAUUGCCUUUUAUUCCAAAGAACUUUUUGUGUUAUGUGGAUAGAAGACUAAGGCCUGAUGAACAUUUUAAUUGUGUUUUCAACCCAGACCUGAGCCAAAGCUUUUACCUGAGAAAACCAAUGCUGUGUCAACUGGUCGUGCUAUGGAGGCUUUUCACUUUGUUAGUUAUGUACCCAUCAAGGGCCGCCUGUUUGAGCUGGAUGGACUUAAACCAUAUCCAAUUGAUCAUGGUAAGACACAUUGAUUUAUACCUGGUAAAUUGUGUGAUAUUUUCCCUUAACUGGCUGGUUGACUGACUGAAUUUACGGUUCAUUUACUGGGUGGGUGACUGGUUGAUGAAAGACUGAUUAACUGAUGGACUAAAUAAUUAACUGUUGGGCUGACUGAAUGGAAUGAAUGACUGAUGUCUGCCAUACUGGAUGACUUGCUGACUGACCAAUUGCUAGUGACAGUGUGACUUAAAGUUACUGAUGUGUUAAAUGGCAGAACUACAAACUUAGUAGAUAACUUGCAUCCUGAUUGACUGACUGACUGACUGACUGACUAAUUGUCUGUAUAACAGGCUGACUUUUAAGUUGCUGACAGGUUAAAUGGCAGACCUGCAGACUAACUAACAGGUAGACUGAUUGACUUAGUACAAGACUGAUGUCCUGAUUGACUGACAGGCUGGCUGGCUCAUUUGAACUUGUUUGCACUGAAACACAUGGUCAAGGGGUUUUAGAAUUUUUGCAACACAUGUUGAUUUUUCUAGGUCCUUGGGGGGAGAAUGAAGAAUGGACAGAAAAAUUCCGCAGAGUAAUAACUGAAAGGCUGGGAAUAGCUACUGGAGGGUAAGUAGAUACUGGAAAAAUCUGGAAUAAAGUAGAAUUUGAAAGUAGAGUUUGCUUGUUUUCAAUCUCAAGACAAGAAAAAUGGGUUUAAAGGUAGGGCAAUCUAAGAAAAGCUAAGAGGAGGCCCAAUGAGGUUUUGAACAGGCAAGUUUUUUUUUAAGCUUUUUUAACUAUUUAUUUAUGUCUUUUUAAUAAAAAGGGUUUUUUUUUGUUUUUUUUGUUUUUUUUUUUGCGCAGUGAACCUUACCAUGAUAUCAGGUACAACCUGAUGGCUGUUGUUGCUGAUGGAAUGACUAUAUGUGAGGAAAAACUGAAAACUUUGAGUAUUGAAAGGUACAGUGUAAUCACGAUAUUUAUCAAGAUCACUUACAGUGUAAUGACUUGCUUCUCAUCAUACCACAUUUCCAUUAAGACCCAUUUUAAAUAAGAUUGUGUUCUUGUUUCUUUUUAAUUAUUAAUAGGGAUUCUAAAAUCUUUUAUUUUUUCUGUUUUUGUUUCUGAAGGGAAAGCAUAUUGGAGUCACUAAAGAAGGUAUCAAUUUUGUAUUGUUGCACAUUAAAAAUCGUUUGCAAAUUUGGAAAGUGUUACCCAACUUUCAUAUAGUUGUUUACUGUAAAAUAAUACUUCCUGAAUCUUACAAAAAAAAAUUUGCAACGAAAUUGCCUCGUUUUUUCUUUUAUUAAAUCUCCUUCCGAAACAAAAUUGGCAAUUUACUGAAUGAUGUCACUUGUUUACUCUCAUGUAGACUGUCAACUUGUCACUAAAACACCAUUUUCAUAAAUUUAUUUCUUAAGAUCAAAAAAUGUUUGCUAAUCGUUAUGAAAAAUACGUUGUCAAUGAUCAUUUGGUCUUGUUUUGUGAUGCAGUUUGAUCCUAUUACAACGAAAGACUCCGCGCCGCUAAUAGCAAACGAGUCUGGUUCCACGGCAAACAACACGACCCAAGACAAUACACAGCCCACUACAGCUGCCGUAGUGACUGUUACACCGACUGUUGCCAUGACAACGUCAGGGGGUAUCACCACAAAUGUUACCAUGGAGACCUCAUCUAACAACACUUCAAAUGACUCUGAGACUUCAAAACUACAAGAGGCUGAUAAAGGGAAGUCUGAAACCCGAACAGGGGUCAGUGAAAAAGCAGAGGAGAAGAAGGGGAAUCGAUUCUCAGCGACUAAUGACAGCGCGAAACCUGACGACACUUCUGAAAAACAGGUUGAUAAAAAUCCUGUAAUUUCCGCCGAGUUAGAGCCCCCAGCUUCACCAACGGGGAGUAUCCAUUCAGACUCUGGAGCCUCGCAAACUGGGGUAAGAAGUGAUAUUGAUAAGUAACUUCUUGCAAUAAAUUCAGCUUUUUUUUCGGUUUCGUUAUUCUUUUUUUGCGCAAUUUCAAACAUAUUCCAUAAUUCCUUUGGUUUUGCAUACCAAGCAGAAUUAUUGGGUGAAGAAUUAGCACUAUCAGAUGCUAACAUAAAACCAACUUGUGUCUGACUCUCGCGCGUUUUCCCGCGCUUUACACUUCUGACUUUAACUGCUUACAGUGUUCUGUUUUGCUUGUAAUUGAAUUGACCAAAAUUUACAUUUUAACGUGAAAUGCUUCAAGCCGUUCAGAGGUUCUCAUUCUUUAACCUUUGAGAGUAAACCCGUCGACUAACGUGAUCUAGAUGCAGUCGGGAUAAUUUUUAUACUGUUUUUUUUUUCUUACAGGAAACCACGGAGACUGCGCCCUCGGAAGACCAGGCUGAUUAUGUAGAGACAUUUUCAUUCUCUGAUUCCGAGACUGUGGCCAGCAGUCACGACGAUAGAGCGGGCGCAGAAGAUUCGGCGAGUGACGAUGAUAAUGGGGAGAAAGGCAUUUCGUCAAAUCCAAAAGGUUUUUUCCAUAUAUUAUCUUGUCAGCUUGUCGACGGAGUGACUCACGAACCACACUACUGACUGGAACUCUACGCGUUGUUCAGCUACAACUCUAAGUACUAUCAACAUUUCAUUCUAGAAAGCUGGUUUAGUGACUACGGCUUAGAUCAGUCUCUCCUAGUAUGAAAAUGUCGACAACUACCUGCACCAUAACAAACGAGCCAAUCAAAAUGACCUAACGUUAUUAACGGAAGGAAACUGACCAAUCACGGUGGACCUACGUUGAUUGAGUCUCGCUUCCGAUAACAUUAUGGCAAAAUGGACCAAUCAGUUUUCACGAAUCAAAGUUAUCACACUCGACUCACACCAUUUAAUUCAUUUGUAUCAACGCUUUAAAAUUUUUACUCAAACAGUUGUAUAUAUCAGUUAUUAUAGAAAGUACAUCAUUUUAAAGUAAUCCAGCGUGUAGGCUGAGAACUACUUUAGUGUGAUGCGUUACGUGAUAUAUGCGUGCAGAUCGUGCGCGAAAGAAAUUGCAACUGGCACUUAAAGUCCUUAAAGGGGGUAAAUGUAAAAAAUUCGUUUACGAAAAAAGAGGCUUGUGUCCAACCUCCGUAGAAAAUAUGUAUUAAACUUGUUAAAUGAACCACAACAUUGGCUAAAAUAAUAACUCCGAAAGUACUUAAAUGUCCAAGCAUAGGGGUAACAAAUGUACGUGAUCGAAAGCUUAAAAACAACUAGAACUCCGCGAAAACAAACGAACAGUACGCGAAAAAUGUCCACGUCAGUUUUCCGAUGUCAAGGCUAGAGGUCUUUGACGUGAUUGGCUAACUUGUGAAUUCACGCGCGUCGUGCGUGAAAACAAAAAGAAUGCAAAGGGGGAGGAGGAAGGGAAAAAUUGUUACUUGAAAUUUAAAAACAAGAGACUUUCUACUGUAAGUUUCUAGAGAAACUGUGGUGCUGCGUCUGUGUGGAGGGUAUAACAAAAUAAUCUGGUUUUAUCAACUGAGUGGAAAACGUUAAUUGGCCACCGUUAAGAGUUGCAAAGCUGACGUUUGGAGCUUUAGCCCCUCGUCAGAGCGUCGUUAGUCACGUAAACUAUAUGUAGGUUGCUACUAACCAAUUUUUUUUAUGUGUGUGCUGCUUAGUUUCUCAGGGAGCUUCAAAGUCCAUAAACCAAGAUGGAGUACAUAGUUACGGCUUUUCUAUCCCAUUAAGUGAGUUGGCGAAGAUUUCAGAAGAAAGCCAGGUAUGGCCGGGUGUUUACUAAGUCAGUGUUAUCACUUAUUUGAUCGAGCAGUUCUGCAGAACGUUAAAGAGUCACUCUUUGUCGCUUUUUCUGCGUUACCCUUUAACACUAGGAAACUGCUCUGAAUCACAUAUGGAAUUUGUUCUCUGCAGGCUCUAGUAACUCAACUUCACCACGUUGAACGUCAAAUCCAAGCAUGUGAGAAUUCCCUGAGAGAAGAAAAGGAGAAACGAAGGAAGUACUAUGUAAGAAUUCCGUCCUAUGCGCUAACUGCAUGUGAUAAUUUGCUCCUUAAGAUUACACUUAUCAAAUACUUAAAAAAAAAAAACUCCGUAUAAUGAAUCCCAAUCUCCUUCGCAGUUGUUCUUUGGUCACGUCACGCAGCGCGUUUUCUUGGUGACAGACCUAACAUUGGCUGCAAAUGAUACCACAUGAAUGCUAGUAUCUUGAUGUAUUUCACCUGUCAUCCAAAGCCUCUAUAUGACAUCGACAGUCAAAUUAGCACGUGAUUUCGACGCUUAUGAACAAUUUCCGGAGUCAUUUUGCUCAAAUUAUGUCCAGGAUUGAAGGCAAUUCUUGUUUGGUUCGUACUUCAUGUAACUUCAUAUCUGACUGAGUUGUCAUGCACUUCAUAAUUUCAAAAGACCUGUGUUUCAGUGAAUUUUUUUGUUGCUUUUGACGACAUUUUUCAAUGGCUUUUGUAAGGUAAAAAAAAAAACACGUUAUUGUAGAUCAAUCCUGAACGUAUCUUUACUGCUCUGCGAGGUUGAAAGCUGACGCCUUUUUUCAUCUCCAGUAAAGAGGGCUGCGGGUUGUAAACCAACACUCCAAGCUGUGGGAUGUGAUUGGGAUUUCCGAGUCCAGGAGGGGGGUUGGGGCACUUCCUAGUAAUAGGCUAAUAGGGAUAUGCAUUUUUACCUCUGGAUUGACUAUCAUAGGGUUCCAUUUUCGGUGGAGUUAUUAGAAUAGGGUCGCACAUUUUCGGAAGUUUGAAAGGAAGAAAAUUCUGGUAUAAGUUCGGAUUUGAAAAUGGGAACCUUUUAGUUUAACGUUCUUUAUGCCGGCAUCAGAAUUUUCGUGUACAAUUUUAUAACUUGACCUACUAAAAAGGCUUUAUAGGAUAGAUGCAUUAAAUGGAAGUGAUCAAGUUGGGAUCGAAAAAAAUACAAUUGCCCAAACGGUGAUCAAGAUGGGGUCUGGCACAUACCAACAAAAACUGACUCAAGUACCCUCCUCUCCUGCAACCCCCCGUCUGUCUGAGCAUUUUUUCGUCACGUGAAUACAUUUGAAACCCUUCAUGUGCUUUGUGUCAGGUGGACCACAGCCGGCGUACACACGACUACGAUCCCUUUAUUCGGACAUUUGUGACCAUGUUAGCUGAGCAAGGGCAUGUAGCACAGCUUGUGGAACAACAGACUUCACUGAAGCGACGGCUGGCUCAAACAAGACCUCCCUUAAAACAGCUUAAAAGAGUGUAUAAAAGAAGAAAGCCAAGGUGAAUUCUAGCACUGAAGUGAAGAAGAGAGAAAAGAUCUUCACGAUGAAGGAAAAUACUUUGUAUACCAAAUGGAGGGGGUUAACAUCAAACAUCGAGUUGGGCUCAAUGUAUUGAAGCGGUUUUUAGUGGUUAAAGUGAUUUUUAAUUGAUUUUUGUCCAAGUUGUCACAAUGGGCAACCAAAACAAAGAAAAGUAUGAGAAGAAGCCAUUCAAUGAUCAAAGUAAACCAACUGAAAUGGCUUCACGUGCAGGGAAACGUGAGUGGUCAAUUUGCGAUCGCGUGUAGUUUGCAUCUGACUGGUUGAAAAGUGGCGGGAGUUUUCCCAGCCAAUCAAACCAUGCAAAAAAGACAAAGUCGAUUGGAACGGCCCCCAACAAAAUUUAGAAUCCAAUACAUUUUUCUUCGCCAGUCAUGUUAUGCAAGCUUCUCUACGAAGAUGAAGAAAGUACUAUUUUUAGUUUUUGUAAGAAGCAUUUCAAACGAAAAGAACAGUAUUCAGUGAACAGUAGACGAGGAAAUCUUAUUUGUAUAAAUGCUGUAAAUAUCAUUCAUAGAAUAAAACGUUUAGUUAUGUUACUUAUCACGAGGAUUAACUGAUAGUGGUGUAAAAUUAAUUGAGAGGAACUCAAGAAGCAUUCAAAGCAGCUACUUCCUCUCCAGUUCAAACUAUACAGUUUCAUAUUAUUCUUCAGCCGUUAAGCUGAUUUAUUUAACAAUUUAGCAAUAAAACAAAGGAGUAAAUUUUAUUACUUAAAGAGGAAAUAAGAGGACUUUGACUUACGCUACAGACUAAGUCAGAAUCAUUGUGCUUCUCUCUCAGUUCUCAUUGUCUACAAGUUUCCCAAGUUCAACACUGGCUCGUACCUCUUACAUCAAUAACGAAACUUAAAGCAUCCCUGUUUGUUGAAAGAUCAUCGAAAAACUCAGCCAUUGAUAUGUUUGAUAUUUAGCCCAGGGCAUCGCAAGCAGGGCAACUACAACAUCCAAUCAACGACAACAUUUUGACCACUGUUACGACAAUUUUCAUUGUCGAUAAGGGUACAGACCUAGCUAAACCAAUGUCGAUUGGGUAACUCGAAGAUCCUGGCUAUUCCCUUAAACCAAAUAUCGUACUUCAAUUUGAGUAAAUUUAUUUAUGAAAAAAACCAAAAUAGUGAUUCUUUAGAGUUUUUCAAAAGAAGUUUGAGUUUGUGACUGCGCUCUCGAUUUCAAUGAUAACGUCACUAUAACUCUGACGAAAGCUUAUUGAAAUGGACCUCUUCCCAAUCCUCUCCAGGUGGUGAUCAGAGGCGAGGCUGCGUUCAAUUCUCCAGUUGGGAAUUACUACAUCACGGGCGACGAGCGGGGGAUAAAGAAAUGACCGAAAUACGAGUGGUCAGCGGGG